AUGUCGCAUGUUGCACAACAAAAUCUCCCGACGGACUUCGAAUUGCGAGAGGGUGAAGCGAUUGGGAUACGAGUACCGGAUACCACUGUCCUGAUUCAAGGGAAGGAUGCAGGAACAUGUGAGAGACCGUGCCUGUAUUGCCAAGUUAAGGGCGACACUCAACUGGUCGCGGCCAACGGCCAAGCUUGCGGUACCGCGCCCUCGGGCUCAGACGAGGCUAUUGAGGACUCCGAAGAGCCAUCGGAUUAUGAUGCAAUGGUUGAGCUUAAGUUCAUUCCAGAUGACUCAAGCUGCCUACAGCAGGUUUUCUCUGUCAUGAGCGAAAUGGCGGCGCUACAUCCGGACCCCGAAUCGGCUGUAUUAGAUGGAGAUGAAGAUGAACUUUUCGACGAAGCAGCUCUUCGCCGACAGGGCUGGGAAUUUGUGGAAAAUGAAGGACGCGAUGCAACAGGAGGUGGCACCAUUGACGAUGAGGCCUGA